CGUCGCGCCGCCCCGCGUCAUUAUACGCGACUGCACAACAUCGACGGCCGCGCCUAUCGAUCCGCCAGCCACACGACUCGCCCCCGUCGACGCGUCGUCGUGGUACCUGUGGAACCGGAGAGUCGUACGUCGUAUUUUAUGCGGGUCGAAUCGUUGAAAAAGGUAAAAAAUAUUCAAAUAAAUUAUUUUAUAAUUAAUAAUAAUAACUAUGCUGACGACGGGUUUUUUUUUUUUUUUUUAUACGCGUCUGGCUAGCGGCCGUUCGUCGUUCGCGUUCAUUACCUACCGGCUGCGGGUGCCAAACACUCUAAAUUAUAAUAAAAGAAAUUAUAUGCUUCGUACAGAACACUUUUGUAUUUUAAUUAAUCCGUUUCGGAGUGUCGUUCAAUCGUAUUCUAAUAGUGAAAAAAUAAUUAUAAAUUUUGUUAAAAAUAUCGCGAGCUGUCCCGAAGAGUAUCAUAUGUUACAAUACACUGACCGUAUAAUAUAAUAACCGUAUUACACGAGAUUACCUAUAUUUAUAAUUGUUUUUAGUUUAGAUAUUUGUAUAAAUUAUAACAUAUUUUCUUCUUGUCCGUCAGGCGUACGAAAAACUCCAUCGUUAUGGCGACGAACGUUGUCAUUCUGUGCAUCGCUUUGGCGCCCGUCUGCGUCAUCGCGUUCGGCACUUACUCGGGAAUUAUAAAAGUAAGUGCUCAUGUAAUAAGUAUACUACUAAACAUAAUUAUUUGUAGACGUGUACAACUUACGGUAAGUAUUGUACGGCCGUCACGCGAAAUAUGGCAUCUACCCCUGUAUCAGUGGCGUAAAUCGGUCCGUGCAAAGUUAUUGGCGCUUGCACCACUUGCACGUUUUAACGUGGCGCUGCUACCUUAUCGUAUUGCACCAUCACCACCGUAGACAAGCCUAUUUAUUGAUUUAAGUUCGAGUGAUUAACUGUCUGAAAUAGGAAUACGUCCCACAUAUUAUUUAAAAUAAACAAAAGGCAAUAUUUUUCUCUACAACAGUUCAAUAAAAUUAUAUACAUUUACAAUACAUUAUAAAUUAUAAUUAUUAACGUGUACAGUAAAUAUCAAAAAAAAAAAAAAAUUAAGUUUUGAUUAUUAUAAUAUUGCAAAACCACAUUUAAUUUUUUAAUAUUGCUUAGAAUUCGAAUUGUUUCAUUUGGAAAAAAAAAUAUCGAAAUGCAUUAAAUGCAGUAUACUUGCUUAGCAGUCUGAUGUAACUUUCUGUAUUCGCACACGGUCGGUCACGUGCGUACAACUGGGGGUGUAGGUGAGUGGUAAACGAAUUUACGACCCGAGAAAAUAUACCUAUGCAACACUUACUUAUAUUUACCUAAUAUAUACUUAUACGCGUACGUCCCUAACCUAACCCAAUUAUCUUCAGAAAUUCGGGGCGAUUCUUAUUACAAGUUCUAAUAAAAUAUUAUCGAUAGGUCGACCUAUACGUGUGGAGAUAUUAUUAAAGGAACACCGUUAAGAUAUAAUAUAAGUAAUAAUGUUAUUAUAGUGACGUGACACACGGAUUGUAAUAUUAUUAUAUUGUUCAUAUAGUCUAGAUGACCUAUUUAUAUUAUAUUUUAUUCUCGUGGAUUCGCUGUAAUUUUUCACCGAGUACCUAUAUCAUUACCAAACUCCUAUUUUGUGUUCAAUAAAAACUGUGGCGGAUCCUGUGCCCCAUGCAAACACCGAAAACGAUGUCGGUUCCUCUAUUAUUUUACGGUGUCCAUCACCGAAGUCAUCAAAAAACAAUUAGGAACAUUGUACAGUAUGGUACGCUGCGGUCGGUGCUGUCUCGUAUUUGUUGAUAAAAUAAUAACACUAAUAAUAAUAUCAGGCAUUAAUAUUGUAGUUAUUAUUAAUAAAUAGUUUAUUUUUAUUUUUAUUUAAAAUCCCCUUAACGUUAUUAUGCAAUGUAAUAUAGUUUAUCGCGACGGAGGGUUUUAAAACGUCCGCGAACAGCUGCCCAGUGCCCGCCCUGCAGUCACAUACGUUAUAUAGAAUUCUGGCCGGAUUACUCAGAGUCCUGAGAUUAGUGGGAUUUAUUUAGACAGAUUCACGUGAAAAGUUUAGUACCUACCUACACGCAUAUUUCGGUGAAAUGUACCGUAUAUUAUAGUAUUCAUAAAACGUUGUGCAAUUUUCCGAGUGGCAUUUAAUAAAGUGCGUUACACGUCAAUAUUCUAUUAAAAAAAAAAAAAAAAAUUGAAAUAAAUAUUAUAUACAUAUCAGUUAUUGCAAACAUAAUAAUAUGAUAUGUCUAUACCAUUUGAAUAUCAACAAAUGGUAGAAAACACUAAAUGUCUCAGUCGGUUCAACCUCAAAAAUGAAUAGAAAAAUAUGAGGAAAAUAAAUUAUAGUCAAAGGAGGGAGGAGGACUAUUUAAAAUACAAACGUUUUAUUGCAAAACCGUGAAUUUAAUGUUUUAUAAAAAAAAAAAAAAAAAUGUAAAAUGUAAAUAAAAAAUAUAUACUAGUUACUAAAAAUAACAACUAAUAAAAAUAAUCUGAUACCGCAAUACCGAAAAUCGUAAUUAAAUAUUAUACAUGUUCCUAUUUUAUAAAAACAACACGCGCGGAAAAUCAAGAAAUCCCACCCCUAAUGUACUAAUCAGAAAUAAACAAUAAUUUCUUCAAGAACGAAUACUAUACAUUUGAUGAUCAAACCAUAAUUUCAAUUAAUAGAAAAGUUGUUUACCUACAGAAAAAUAAAAAAACUAUAAUACAUUCUUCUUUACGCUUAGAAUCUAAAAAGGUAAACACAUGAUCGACUUCGAUUGAACUCACAUUUUAUGUACUUACCAAUAAAGUUUUUUUUUAUUUUUGUCUAUAGGUAUAUUAAAAAAAAAAAAAAAAACCUUGUACCAAUAUUAUGUACAAAAAUACCAACCUAUAACACAUCUCUUGAUCUUUUAACAUGGAUGGUACUUCUGUGAUGUUGCCUAUUUCUGGUUGUUUUUGUGAGAAAACCUUUCAAGGUAUUGAUUUUUCUCCACUGGAGAAAAAACGACGAACAUUAUUACCGCAUUAUCAACCUAACCUAACCUAUCCGUAGUAACAGUAUCGAUUUUCAAUAUUUUAUUGUGGUUCUAUAACUAUAUUAUCAAUAGCGGAUUUUCAACAAUUUUCUGGAAGGGGCUCUGAAAAAUCAUAUGCGCUCGUAUUUAAAAUGCAUCUUUAUUGGACGACAUUUUAUUGAAACUAUAUCGGCGUCUAGAGUAGGGGGAUCCAGACGCCUCUGGAUACCUCUACUACUGACUAUAAUAUUAAGUUAAGUAGGUGCCUAAAGUGGCGCCGAAGUAGUUUAUAUUAAUACUCGGGCAAACAAAGCAAUACUGUAUUAUUAUUAUAAUACUGGUCUUCUUUGAGCGGAAUAUUAUAUAUUUCAUAAAGUGCUAUUUUGUGUAGUUAUAUUUUCUACUAUUACUACUCAUUAUACUAUGUAUAUUUCUCACUACUAGCAUCAUCCACUCGACUACCACCUAACAAUUUGGUCGGGCCGUCGCUCGACCUGUACCCCGAAUUCGGCGCUUAUAGGUAUUAUUUGGUAGCUUUGAUAUCAAUAAAAUAUGUAAUUUUUAUUUAAAAGGCUUGAACUUCGAUAAUCCUGCCUCCCGGAUAUAUUGUUAUAGGUCGGAAAAAUUGAGUCGAAAAUUAUAUAAUAUACAGGAUCAGAACGACUCAUUGUCUCAGAAUUUUUAUUUUUUUUUUACCAUUUAAGAAACAUUUUAAAAUUCCCAUAGUUUUGUUACUCUUAUUUUCGGGCUUGGAAGCACUAUCCACUUUUGAUUUUCAAAUAGUAACCUAUAUUCAAAAUUCCACGAUUACAUUAAGUUUUAGUUCAUAACGAGCAUUAUGCAUAUGGCGACGCGGCGGGGUGUUUAAAUAGUUUUCAACUACUAUCCGCUACCCCAAACUUAAAAGUGGAAUAUUUAGUAAACGGGUUGACGGGAAUUAAAAAUGUCAACACUAAAACGUGUUUAAACUAAAACUCCACGUAUUUACGGGAUUUGUUAUAUAGAUUGCUAUUUGAAAAUCAAAUGCGGGCAGUGAUUUCAUCAAUAAAAGUAUGGUGACAAAAAAUAACGUCAUUAUGUCACAUUUCAUUUAAAUAGUUCAAAUAAAAAAAAAAAUUAAAAAAAUACUUUCCGAGAUAAUGAGUGUCUUAUCGAGGAUUGAUCGCCCUGUAUUAAUAUAAUAAUAAAUAAAUGUGCACUGUUGGUAAAUUAAAUAUUAUGUCAGUUACAAAUGUAUAGAGAUUAGAGCUAAUAUGGAAUCCGACCGAUUUCCCCUUGUCACUUUAACUGCUGUUGUCAAUAAAACAAUAACUCCAAGCAAACCUUUUAUCGAAAUAAAUUCUGAUUAUCCGCCGAUGAAAUAUCGUAGACAUUUUGUAAUGGAGUGUAAGCUGCAGCCAUUUGUAAACUUUUAUGAGUAAUUACUGUUAUUAAUAGAUUUUUUUUUUCAAUCUUGGUAAUUAUAUAUAUUGAUAUUUCGAAUUUACUCAAUUAAAUCUGAAACAUAAACCCCCAAUCAAAACUUUCAUAAAUAAUCUAACCUACAAUAAUUUACACACAACAUAACACUUAUGUCGCAUAAAUAAUAAUAAUAUUAUUAUUAUUAUACUUUGAUUAGGUACCGUUGUUUUAACCAUAUAUUUAUGUUGUCUAACUUUGACACUUAAAAACUAUAAAACUUUUUUAACUAACUUUUAACUUUUAUAUUUAAAAGAUAUUCUUAGAUUGAAAAUAAAAAUUAAUUAAAUUAGAAUUAUGUUUUUCAAACUAGUGUUGUGUUUGAACGAAACAUAGGUAUAUUUGUAUUUUUUACCUUAUGCAGAUAAACGAUUAAUAGUUUAUUUUGAUCUGUUAUCUAGCUAAUAUACAUACGCGAGUCAUCUUUUAUUUAGAUAAAUCUUUUUAAAUCGUAUUUAUAUAUAAUAGGGUAAAAUAUAUAAUUAAUGUUAAUUAUGGUUUUAUAAAUUAAUUAUUAAGUUAUUUACAUCAGUCGCACAAUGAAACGUUACAAUUAGUCCAUUCUUUAAUAAAUAUGGUGACUGCAGGCACCAAAUUCAAUCCUCAAAAUACUUUCGUCGAUAAAUGUCCUAUCAGAUCAUUCCCAAGAGGACUAUAGCAGAACUCAAUAAAGUUAUACCAUGGAUUCAAUUAAAUGGCUCAAAGAUUCAGAUAUUCAAAUCGUAUUUCUUUUCAUUAUUUCUACCUAUCAACUUACGUUACCUAUCUAAAGUUUAUUUAUUAAAUUUAAUUAAAUAAUACGUUCGAUUUAUGUAGUUUCAAAUCUUUUAAUUAUUCUAUAAUUUAUAUAAUUUGUUUGUAUUGUUAAUAGGAUUAUAUGAAUAUAUGAAUAGAGAAUAGAUAUGAUUAAGGAUGGCGACGUAUAUCAUUAUUUAUGUUAAACAUUUUUAUAUUUAAAUUUCGCUAAUAUCGAUUAUUAUUGAAAAGUAUGGAUUUUUUUUCUUUUCGUUAAAAUCAUGUACACAGAUGCAAAACAUAAAAAAAAAAAAAAAUACCUAGAGAUCUAAAAUGAAAUAAAAUAAUGAAAAUCUCGCCAUGAAAUUUUAAAUGUUUAAUUUUCCUUAGAAAUAGAUUCAUUGUUACACAAAUAUUUUGACAAAUCUACAAUUUCCAAAUAACAAAAAUGUCUAAAUAACAAAUAUUUAUACUGAUAUGUAUUCGUAUUGUAUUUUAGUAAUAUGCAUAUCGAAUACGUUCGAGUUUCUUCAAAUGUCUGUCAUUGUUUGUUGCCUUGUUGGACGACCAUAGAGAUGAGUAUCGAGCGGAUAGAGUAAAAAAAAUGUGGGGUUUUCUAUUUGGUAGACAAAAUAUUUUAGUGUUAAUGAGUGGGAAAAUAUUGUUUUAUAAGAUUACGGCUUUGAUAGAAACAACAUUGAUGUGUUUUGUGAAAUUGAAGUUUAAAGUUUGACCAUUGGAUCGGAGAGUUGUCGCGAUGUAGUAAAGGUAACGGAUUUGAUGGAAAACGUAAUGGAUGCGAUUUUUGUAACGUUGAUUGACAUUUUCCAUUCGUAAAAUCAGUCUGCGGUGUGUCGAUUUCUACAACAGCCCUUUUGAAAUUUAGAUUUACGUCAUAUAAUUCAUAUCUAGCCGAUACCUACUUACACAUUUGUAUUACCUAUAUUUUUAGUAGGUAUUUGGUGCGAUGAUAGGUAAUGAAUGAUAAUCAAUAGUGCCCGUUUAUUAGCCUUUAUCUAAAUAAUUAAGUUGGUUUUUAUCUUCAAUCCUCUUCUAGACAAUUAUUCUAGCAAUUAUCUCUUAUCUUUGUACAGAUAUUUAAAAAUGUAUUUUUAUACUACACUGCAUAAUAACGUUUAAAAUUCAAAACAGAUUACGUCUGAAUAUGCAUUGAUUUAUCAAAGACUGAAUUAUAUAUUUUUGUAAUUCACAAUAUUGUUCAAAUGAAAUAACUGUGAACAUAUUCGCGGCGGCGUGGCUGGCGUUUAUUGCAGAACAUAGAUUAAAAAAAAAAAAAAAUCAAUUCACAUCACUCAUUUUAUAUUUAUUCUCGUUCUCCGUUUUCUUAGACGGUUUUAAAUUCUUAAUAUCUCGACUUGGUUUUCUCCUUUUAAAUAUUUAAUAAUAUUCUUUUGACUUUUGUUCAUUAAAACUUUUCGGUUGUACCAAUAUAGAGUAUAUAUUAUAUAUAUAUAUAUAACAAUACAGACACAAAAGUAAGGUAUCGGAUCGCGAAUUAAACUCGGGAUUCCGGCUUACGCGGCAAUAUUGUUCUAACGCUCAUAAGCUACUCCUCGGAUAACCAAUAUAUGUACGUAUAUAUCGCAGUAAAUUCCUAUGAUUCAGUAUUUUCCAUUGUUUGGAAAUCACUUUUUUCAAUGUAAUGUACAACCAUUAUGACUACAUUUCUGGAAAAAAAAAAUAGGUAGGAGUUCUAUACAAUCAUCGCUAUUUUUUUUUAUAACAGUAGAGCGAUAUAACAUUCACUUGUUUUAAAAAGUAGUGCACUACUUUUUCAUAUUUAAAAAAAGAGAACAUUUUUGUUUCUUACUUUAUUAAAAGUAAUGGAUACCGCGAUAAAGAUUUUCUUUCCUUUAUAUAACACAUGUGUAUCAUACGAAUUUAGACCAAUUUUUCUCCUUCAGUGCAAAUGGUGUGUGAAUCGAUAAAAACUCUGAAAACUUAUUUGAUUUCAUUGUAAAAUGCACAUGAGAUAGGCCCGGUCAUAUUUUUGUAUAUUUCAGUCCAUAAUUUUCAAAAAUUUGGUUUGAAAAUCUACCAAUUAAUUUAUGAAAAAAAAAAAAUUAAUUAUAUCGAAAAAAGUAGUCUGAUCGAUUUCAUAUACACACUAUAUACACAUAUGCACGCUGAAUUCAAAUGUGCUUUUAGAAUAAAUUCUUACCGUUUCACUACAUCGAUCGAAUUAAUUGAUGAAAAAUUGGUUUAAAUUUAUUUGCUAAGUACCUAUGUGUUUGUCAAAAAGUAAGACAUUUCUGUGUUCAUCCACUUAAAUAAUAGUAGCUUACGAUAUAAUAUGACCAUAAUAUGACAUAUAUAUGUAUAUAAUAUAUUGUUGAGCAACACUAACAACUGAACUCCACUCAGAAUCGUUUUUCCAUUAGCAAUGGUUAAUCGUUGCGAACAGAUAUACAUUAAAUUUGCUCUCUACUACCUUUCCAGCUUUUCAUCUACAGUAGUGGUCCACCUACGUGCGAAGGAUGUCCGUCUUUGUUCUUUUUUUUUUCUUAAGUUACUUGAGAGUAUACGCAGUAUUCCCGUGAUUUUUCAACAAAAUUUUAAGUUUUUGAGAGUAUACGGAGUGCCUAUCUGACAGUAUAUUAUGAAAACACUACUGCUUACAGAUACCUACGGCUGGAACCCAAUUGAGCACGAAUGACCUUUUUCACAACCCGAUUGAGCACGAAAAUAGGUGUGACGUUGCCACUUUGUACCAUAGAAUAUUAUUAUUAAAAAAUACUUUUUAUUUUAUAAAUUUCUGUCAUGACGCGUCACGAUUAUGUUGUCCAUUUAAUUGCAGUACGAUAUUUUUCUCUUGCCCAGAAUAGAUUGUUGCUGUACAAUGGUUUUUUUUUUAAUUUUUUUUUUUUGAUCUGGAAAUAAUCCGGCAUUUAAGACCAUUAGUUAUAAGAUUUAUACAUGUUUCAGGAGUGUUUAUAAGGCUGAUGCAGAUAAUUUUUUGUACAUCACCAUUUCAACAAAUUGCCUUUUUUGUCGGCCCAAUAAAUCUUUACUUGAAAGCUCCAACAUUUGCCAACUCUUUGCCUCUCUCGGAUAAAAUAAUACGCAUUUCAUUAUUUUCCAUCAUAAAAAUCGUAAAAUUUGCAAAAUACACACUAUUUUUGAAGGAACACGAGCACGAGACAACAGAAAAGACUGACUGUGAACAAGUCUUAUUUACAGCGUAGGUACAUACAAUAACAGUUAAUCACAAUUUAGUGCAAUCGUUUUUUAGAUAAAAUUCUGGUUUCUCAUCCAUCUCUGUUAUUUUCAACUUUCGUGGGUACCCAUCGAUCGAUAGCAAUAUCUUUUUCGACUAAUAUGCUAGCUACCUAUUAGUAAUCUACACAACACACAUACUAUUGAAAAUCUGACAACGUUGUACACAAUAUUUAUUUUUUUUUACCGUGCUCAAUCGAAACUUACUCGUAUAUUCACGUAAUUAAUCUAAAUGCUCCGAUGUGUUGUUAUUAUUUAAUUUGUAAUUUUUGUAAUCCGUGGAGGACUCUGAAUACAUGCGGAGUAAACUUCUAGAGAACGUUAUAAGCCAAUUAGAAAACGACAUUGUCAAGUCGGAAAUGGACGGCAAGUAUCCGCGGAUGAAGACGACCGAACCAGAGCCCACGGACGCGACCGAUUACGACGACGAGGUCGACGAGACGAACAUCAUGCCGUCCAUUCGGGACAACGAGUAUAUACAGCACAGCACGCUGUGGGGAACGCAAUAUAUGAACGGUAUUUUGAGAGUUUUUCAUGGUUAUUCACCACGAUUUUUAUUUGUCAUUCAUUUAUCUAAAACAUAAUACACCUCCAUAGGCGGUACGGGCGAAGGAGCGCAGACGCUAAACGCGGAAAAUCCGGCUAGGAACACAAACGAAGUGAAAACGGACGCUACGUUGCCGGCAUACUGCAACCCGCCAAAUCCUUGUCCGGUGGGCUACACGGGUGAGUGUAUUAAAUGAACCUACCUGCCUAUGUUAUUAUUGUAGCCGUCGCCGGAAAGCCGUACUUCACUUUGUAAGUCCUCGGAUAUUUGAAUAAUUAUUCUAUUCAAAUAUAAAUGUAGAAAAAACCAGAGAAAAAAAAACGGACAUACUUCGCACGUGGGUGGGCCGCUGUUGUGAGUGAAAAGUCGGGAAUGUAGUGGGAAAUUUAAUGUAUAUCUGCACACAACGAUUAACCAUUGGCCAUUUUUAACGAAAAAUAAUUCUGAACGGAAUUCGAUUAUUAAUGUUGCUUUGUCAGCAAUAUACCUAUACAUGUUAUGUUAUGGUAAAUUAAUUACAUGUGAAUUAUAUAUUUUCUUUAUUAGUGUGUAUUUGUUUAAUAUUGUACCUAUUUUACCGUUUUUUUUCUUUUAUUGGAAAAACUAAUGGGAAAAUCACCAAAUAACCUACCUAAAGUAACAUUCCAGUCAGAUUUCCUUUAAGAUAAAAAGUGCUAUACUUGUAAAUCGGAGCAAGAUUUCUGGUAGAAAGUUGUUCACAGAUAAAAAAAAAAACAAACAUCAUUAUAAAACCAAAACAUUCCUCGCUCCGGCUAGUCUUAAACGAAUGUUUAAGACUAUGGGUGGGCCACUGUUGUAGGUGAGAAGUUGGGAAGAUAGGAUAUAUCCCACCACUUUAUAUAGAUGGGAUUGUAAUCUAUAUAUGUACGCAAUGGUUAAUUUUUGCUAACAGACAUUUUCACUAUUUAUAGAUAGGAAAACCUCUAAAUGCAGGACAUUUUUUAACAUUGAUAUUGAUCAUUUUUAUCGUAAAUAAUUAUUGUAGAAUACCUAAAUAAAAGUCUACACUAUUGUUAUUUUUUAUUACUAUGUAUAUACACUAUUAUCCUGUACAUGAAGUAUAUCUUAUAUUAUCCAUAUGUAGUAGUAGUAAGUAUUUAAUUAAUUAGUUUAAUAAAAUUACAAUUUCUCCCUUUAAAUAACAGAUACCUCUGAAUAGCGGACAAAUUUCAACGUCCGAAAUUUAGAGGUUUCACUGAAUGGUAUAACAUAUUAUAGUAUUACUUAUUCUGUUCAGAAUCUAAAAUACACGUUGAUAAAAUGUAUAGAUUCUGUGUUCUUGUGUAAGAAUUUAAAAAGCUAAGGGAAAUUGGAUACCAUGACUUUCCAUUACUACGUCAAUGGUAAUAGUAGUAGUAGGAGUAACAAUAUAAUAUUAUAAUUUAUAAUUAUAAGUAUUAUAAAACAAAUUACUAUAUUUAUAAUUAUUACUAAUAUAAUACUAUAUUAGCCUUUUAUUUAUUUUUCUUAAUACCUACCUACAAAUAUUUAUUGCACUAUUUUGUUUUCAGAGGAGGAUGGCUGUAUAACAGACUUUGAGAACACAGCAGCGUUUAGUCGGGAAUACCAGGAAUCGCAAGAAUGUAUGUGCGAUUCUGAACACAUGUUUGAAUGUGGAAGAUCAGCUGCAGAUACUGGCACAAAAACCACUGCUAAUGUAGAUGAAAUAGUAAAAACAUUCCAGGUAAUGUUUUACAAAUGAUAGAUUGGUUGGUGGUUACUGAUCAUAGGUGUAGCCACCCUCAAAAAAUUUUGAAUUUUAGAAUAGCCUCUGCAUAUUAAACGCAAAUAGGAUAACAGUCCCUCCCUCAAAAUAUUUUACACCCUAUGUAUAAUAUGUGAUUGAUGAUAAUAUUAUGCCAAAUAAAUUUGACCAGACUUUGCAUUCCUCAAAUAUGAGGAGAAACACCAAGAUGAUCAUAGACUAAAUAUUUAAAGGGUCAUCUUGGAAUAAAAUUUUAAACAAACAUAAUUUAUUACAAUUAAAAAAAAAAAAAAAAUACAUAAAUCAUUUAUACAAGUUUGUAAUAACUUCCAGUUUGACAGUUUUUUUCUCAUAUUUUUAAUAUUGCAAAUUAACUAUCAAACUCAUGAACUAAUCUAACCUUCCCACCAUUGUAAAUAAAAAACAAUCUUCUCAUAAUAUUGUUUCAUGCAUUUUCCUUGUGUAAUUGGAUAUUCUGAUUAAUUUAAAGCAUAUUGUACUUGUAUAAUUGUAAUUUAGGCCAUUUUAAAAUAGUUUAUUGAAAUUUGUUUUUGUUAUGACUAGGUGGAUGAUGAACACAAAAAUUUGGUCGCUAAAAAAUUCCAUGUUAAAAAAGUGAGUUUUUAAUGAUUUUCUUAAACAUUUUCAAAAUAUUAUUGGUUGGUUUAUUGUGCAAUAAAAUAAAAUAGUUAUUAUAAUAGGGAAUUUUAAUAUCAAAAAACUCUUAACAUAUUACAUUUUUAUUUUACAGGCUUUCAACCCAUACUUGCAAGGUGAAUUUUUACCUAUAGCAGCAAAAAAAGGAAUAAACAUCGGGUUUUAACAUAUCUGAAUGCAAACGACCAAUAAUUUAAUUAAUUAUAUUAGACAAUUCAAAUGAAAAUGUCACAAAAAAAAAUUAUAUAUAUAUAUAUUUAUAUACAUAUACAUAUAUAUAUUUCCACCAGUUUGCCUAAUAGGUAAAAUGUUACCUGAUAGAUUAUAUUUAUUACAAAUUAUAUAUCCGUAAAUUAAAGUUAAAGAUUUGACCAAAUGAUAAAAAAAAAAAAAAACUACAUUGAAUUAUAGUCUAUAAUAUUUGUUUUUAAAGACUAGAAAAAUAUUUUUUUAAUUCGUUUAAAAUAUCUCUAGAAUUGUAAUGGUUUGGAUAUAUUGCCAGUGACUUCUUUACCAUAGCGUAACUUGUUUGGUGAUCACCUUCCUAAAAAAAAAAAAAUUAUUAUAAAUUUAGAAAUAUAAUAUAUUGUUAUAAAUUAUUUAUAUAAUAUCUUAUAUGAAAACAUUUCUUUGGUAUAUAUACAAAAAAAGAUAUAUAUAUAUAUAUAUAUUCAUAUAUGUUGAUGUUUUGUUUUGUAUAUAAGAAUCUUUGUCAAAAAAAAACAUCAAUAAUCAAGUUUAUUUUAAUAUCUCAUUUAUAUUUUUAAUUAAUCUAUCAUUUUAAAAUAAAAAUUAAAAAAAAAAAAAAUAAU